CGGGACGCUGACUUUCUCACCAGCCCCAACCUUUUAUUCUACUUUUCUUCACUUUAUUUUGAAGCUGAAAGCGGAUGCAGAGGUUACACGAAGUUCUCGCCGGACAGAUGUUUGAUGGAUUUUCUCUCUUUUUGUGCUUUUGGUGCGUAAAACUUCGCCAAGUCGGUUAGCGGAGAAACCGGAGGACUGAGAGGUUUAUUUUUGGGGAAAAUACUAGGCUAUGCGUGUUUGAGCGCCUGAGAGAGGAAAGUUGUUGAAAGCUCUGAGCGUGUUUGAUCCAAUGCGUCCGGAGCGGCCGGUCACACAGCAGGAACACCGGAGACAGAGCGAGAGAGAGGCGGCCAGAGGAGCUGCGAUCAGCGGGUCUGCAGCGACUCACCGGCUGCUGGACGUACAUGUCUCCGCUCCCCAACGGCACCGAGGUUUCUACUUCCUGUGACAUCAUCGCACCAUGCCUGAGGGGUCACGGCGUGGCAGCCAGAGAUCGCCCAGCAACACAGCCUCCAAGCGUCCCUCCUCAGUCUCGUCUCUGAGUGGGAUUGUGGGUAGGAUGAUGUCGUCCGGCGAGCGAGGAGCCUCGUCCUCCUCCUGCACGUCCGUCAACACCGUGUGCUCGGACAGCGAGCGUCCCGCCUCCCUGUCCCUCUCCUCCUCCGCGUCCUCCGUGUCCCUGCAGGACACCUCCCACUCCUCCUCCUCCUCCUCCUCCUCUUCCUCCUUGCCGUACGGCGCCGUGCCGACCUACAACGCCUGCUCAUCAUCGUCCUCCACGCCGAAGAGGAACAGCUCCGACAUUAGCCUGGACCUCACUCCUCUCGUCACGCCACAUGGAGGAGGCGGUCCUGCGGGGGGAGGAGUCUGCGUGGCCAUGGCAACAGGAGGAGGUCACCACCCGAACGGAUACAUAGCCAAUCCGGCGGCAUCGGUGGUGGCAGUGAUGGCCACGCCCAGACAGCUGUCACGCCUGGACCGAGUGGUGCUGGAGAUCGUGGAGACAGAACAAGCGUAUGUCAGAGAUCUGAAGAGCAUCGUGGAGGAUUAUCUGGGCUGCAUCAUCGACUAUGGCUCUCUGCCGUUGAAGCCGGAGCAGGUCAGCACGCUGUUCUGCAACAUCGAGGACAUCUACGAGUUCAACAGUGACCUGCUGGAGGAUCUGGAGAGGAGUCCUCACGCUGCAGCCAUCGCAGAGUGCUUCGUGGUGAGGAGUGAAGCCUUCGACAUCUACACACUCUACUGCAUGAACUAUCCAAACUCGGUGGCCGUUCUGAGGGACUGCAUGAAAAACAAAAGUCUGGUUCGUUUCUUCCAGGAGAGACAGACGACUCUGAACCAUUCUUUACCUCUGGAGACGUACCUGCUGAAACCAGUGCAGAGGAUCCUCAAAUACCACCUGCUGCUCCAGGAACUGUUGAAGCACUUUGAUAAGAGCGACCCCGGCUAUGAGGUCAUCGAGGAUGCCAUCAUCACCAUGACAGCGGUGGCCUGGUACAUCAACGACAUGAAGAGGAAACAGGAGCACGCCGUGCGGCUGCAGCAAAUCGAGUCCCUACUGGUGAACUGGAGCGGGCCGGACCUCAGCGGGUUCGGAGAGCUGGUUCUGGAAGGUUCCUUCAAAGUGCACCGAGUGAAGAAGGAGCGAGCGUUCUUCCUGUUCGAUAAGAUGCUGCUGAUCGCCAAGAAGAGGCUGGAGCAGUUCGUCUACAGCACGCACAUAUUCUGCUGUAACCUGCUGCUCGUGGAGACUCUGAAGGAUUCUCUGUGCUUCAAAGUGUCUGACCAGACCAUCCCCAAACAGCAGCACAUCGUCCAGACGAAGAACCAGGAGGAGAAGAGGCUCUGGGUCCACUACCUCAAGAGACUGAUCGUAGAAAACCAUCCUGCUUCUCUACCACAGAAGGCGAGGCAGGUCCUGGGAGACAACUUCUGUCAAUCUCCUCAGUUCGACCAUGACCUGAAGAAGUCGUCCACCUCGCCGCGAUUCGACGACAUACACGGAUACCACCGAGGAAGACGCCAGUCAGAGCCUCCAGAGCUGCUCAUGUACACACCGGAGAAGUCCAGGAAGAGUCUGCCGCUGCUGCUGGAGGGAAACCUGCCGUACAGACGCACCCGCAGGCAGUCAGCUCCGGCUAAAGACAUCGAGGGGGCGUUUCAUCCCAACGGCCAGGCAGGGACAGCCAAUGGGCCGGAUGUGGCCCCGGUCUGCCCUAGGCGCUUCACUCAGGCGGGCAGCGAGGGCGAGCUGUGCCAGGCGGGCAGUCUGGGCUCGGCAGGCAGCAGCAGCACGCUCGCAUCCUCCGUCAUCGAGGUGGAGGCGGAGAGGACCGACCAGGGCCUGACGACACAGCUGAGACCGAACCAAGAGGAAGAGGAGGAGGAUGAAGAGGAUCUGACCCCCCUCAGCCCUCCGCCCACUCUGUCCAUCACUGAAGAGAUCCUGGAGUUCAUUAACCAGAGCAGAGCCAGAGAGGGACUGACCGCGCUCAGCUCCGGCCCCACGGAGCCGGUCUUGGAUCCGCCCACAGAGAGUCCGUCACCAUCUGAUCAGACCAACUUCACCUCCCCGCUGCCCCCGCUCGCCUGCCCCUCCAGCCCAGAGCACCUACCCACAAUGCAGCUGGAGCAGGAGAAGCCUGAAGAUGAGACAAAUGUAGUCCAAGAAAUUCCAGUCGGAGAAAGUGAAGUGGAAAAAAGAACGGAGGGGGACAGAGAGACUCAAGGACAAGUGGUUGAGAAAGAGGAAGAAGAGAAUAACACAAGGGCUGAAGGAGAAGAUGAGAUCCCUGCCCCGAUAGUAGAGCCUCAUCCCUCCAUCUCAGCAGAGGAAGAAGGAGAGAACAGCAGCUGUCAGUCACUCAGGGAGGAGCCGAACACCGAGGCCAACACUUCUUCCUCUAAUCCAGAUCUCCCUCAUCACAGCAGCCGGAGGGGCCAGCCUCCCACGAGAGGCUCCCACCUCACCAAGCGAGACAAGAAGAUCAUUGAGAAGAUCCGGAGUUACUACGAGGCGGCAGCCGAAGCCGAAGAGGAAGAGGCGGAGGAGGAAAACGAGGACGUAGAAGGAGUGGUGACAAGAAGGAGAAACAGUUUCUCACAGAUCCCGUCUGGCCUGGUGAAGGAGUCGGUGUCACGCUUUGAUGUGAGCGGACACCAGGAGCCGGAGAGUGAAGCACCUGAAGAGAUCCAUAGCGAGGCCAAUCACUCCGCUCCCAUCUCUCCCCCGACUUCUCUCUCAGAAAAUGAUGCAGAUAAACCAAUUGGCUCCUUAGAUGUCGAUGCAGAGCGCUCAGCCUCACUAGCCUCUUGCAGGAUGCAGGACAAGGAGAAUCAAGAGGGUCUAAAUCUAAACCCAGACCGGCCUGCUGCAGAAUUUGCUGAGAUUCAGCCAUCAGUGGAAGUCCUGGAGGAGAAGCAGGAGGAAAAGAUGAGUGUUGUUGCUGCUGGGGAGCACAGUGAAAAGUCACUUCAAGGAGAAUCUGUUACUGAACAGUGCAGAGCUGAAACGAUCCAAACCAGCACAGGAAACCAGGCUGUUGUGAAUGGACAUGGACCGAACCCAGCAGGAGAAACGAACGGAUGCCAUAAGGAGCCCCCUAAAUCUCUGCCACCUGUAGAGCAAUGUGGAAAGAGUGAGACCAAGGCUCCGUCCUCUUGGACUAGAAACAAGAACAGAGACCUGACCCAGAGCAGCGGGAACCUCGAGGGUCUCCCCAGUCAGAUCAAAGUGGGUCGAUGGUCCCGCCACUCCAGGAUCGUCACCUCAAACCGGGUCCUGUUUGAGAGUAUGGGAUCGGACGUAGCCAGUAUUGGGUUGUUCGAGGCCGGCCCUGUGGUGGACCCCAUGCUGAUGGAGAACUCGGAGCGGAUUCUGAGCAAGGUCCAAACACUGGCCCGCAUGUACAGCGUCAAAGCCAGCACCAUGAAGGUUCCACUGCAUCAGAAACGGGCCAGCACGGUCUGGAACCAGUCUUGGGGCUCAUGUAGACUCUCCGGACUCUCACAGGUCCAGUCUCAGACCCCAACUAAGUCCCAUACACAACACAAAGUGGAAUCAGAAACCCAAACUCGCUCUGAGACCAAAGUUCAGAGUCAAACUAUAACACAAACUCGGCAGCAGAUCCAAACGAAAACCCAGACGUGUAACGAGACACAUCACCAAAGCCAAAACCAGACCAAAACGUACAGCCAGUACCAGACACAGACCCAGACCAUGAUCCAGGAGGACCAAACCAUCCCCGAGGACAGGAGGGUGAAGAGAGCAGAGAGCCUGACAAACGAUUACCAGGAUCAGGUGCUGGCGCCCUGCGAGCCACUGCUGUUCGGUCAAAUGUUGGUCAAAGAGCAGCUGACUCCGGCCGGUCACCACCAGACCAACAGCUUCACCCUCUCCAGGCCCAGAGACUUCAUCUCAGCCUUGACCAAAGACAGAGACCCCCAGACUCUCUCUACGUCCGGAGAGAAUUUGUCCACCUUGCAGAGAGACUUUUCGUCCAGCCAGGCCCAGUGCACCUCCACUGACCCAUCCAGGCAUCUCCUCAGAACAUCACCUGGAGACCAGAGCUCUGGUCUGUGCCGAGUCACUGAGGUCGGGGACUACUGCUCUACGUCUUCCACAGGGAGAGUCCAGGCCCUGGAUCAGAGCGAGGAGGCUUAUUCAGAUACUGAAGAAAAAAGAGAGAGGUCGGCGCUCAGCAGUGCACGCCCUGUUUACUCAGUCAGGGAGGACUCAACAUCUAUAAACAUCAUUAGCCAGCCAGCGCACGCCAUGCCAAGUCUGUCUGCUCACAGCAUACCACAGUGGGAAACUUCCAAAGAUGGAGAUGAGCAGCACAAAUAUAAGCAGGAUGCCCAGUAUAAACUCGCACCAGAGGUUUCCACAGAAUAUACUGACAACAAAGUUGUGCAGAGUGGUCACGCAGGGCCGAGAUACUUUGUUUGCAAAGAAGCCGUGGAUGAGGCGUCCCCAGGAGAGCUGGCACUGAUGGUGGCCUCUGCACAGAGUCAGGCUCCAGCAGGAGAAACAUUGCAGCUGGCAGAGGGAUGCACCAACACACCAGUGAAAGAUGAGCCCUUCAGUGAGCAGAUAAAGUCUGACUGUCUGUCACAGAGCAGGCUGAGUCUGCAGGGUUCAGCAGUGAUCUUCACAGGAGAGACACCUUAUCACAGGUCCUCAGAGGAACCAGCUGCCCCCCCUCACCUGGACCAGCCGUCCCUCACCACUCAUGACUCCUCACAGGUGUCCAGUCAUGCAGUCACAAAAACCCAAGAGGGUCAUAAAGCCAUGACACCAAGUCCGUGGUCGUCAGUCCCAAACUCAGAAUCAAGUCCUGCCCGACCUCACCCUCCAUCAGUCCAGUCUGUAGACCGUCUGCCAAUGUUCACCAGCCAGAGGCCGCAGGAGCUUCUGACCACCAGCAGCAGCAGGGAACCAGACUUGCACCAGCAGUACACCAGCCGCCCAUCUCCCAGGCCAACGGAGAGCUCUCACCCCGGGCUGAACACGGAGCUCAGUGCGGCGCCCUCGGCCUUCAGGUCCAACCUCAGGCAGCAAUCCCCGUCCCCCGUCAGAGCUCCUCCUUGCUCCUCACCCUUCAGGGUUGUCCCCGCAGCUUCUCCCACCCCUGUCCCUGCAGAGGAGUCCCCCGUCUCCCGGGGUCACCCUUGUUUCUCUCCUCCUCCUUUUUCUGGGAGGGCGUCCUUGCUGCGAGCUCCCCCUGCCUCCUCUCCUUCACCCUCCUCUGCUUUCACUCCAUCCCUACAAGCAGCUCCUCCCUCAUCCCCCACACCAGCGUCUUCUCUCCGCUCUCCCCCGUGCUCCUCCCCCAUCUCCUCCUCCUCUUCUGCAUUCACCAGAUCCCUUGCUGCCUCCUGCAUCAGCCAGUCCAUCAGUCAGAGCAUGGCCAAAAAGAACAAUGCCCCACCUGUUAACAUGGUGAACCCCUCCCCCACACCUUCCUUACCCUCUUCUCACCUUCGACGGCGCUCCCCUUCACCUAAGCUCCUCCCCGGUCAGCAGGGCUCCAGCAUGCCUGCGUACGCCCAGCUGGGGUGCUCUACCCAGCACCCGAAGGGUCCCCCGUCCUCUCUCUGGUCCUCCUGUCCGUCUCCGUCUCUCAUGCACUCAUCUCCCCCUCCUCCUCCCGCUCUCUCCCAACGCUCCCCCUCCCCAUCCACGACCCCGGGCCAUCACCUGCCCUCCUCUCCGUCCCCUCGCCCCUCGUUCCUUCACUCCAAAUCCGACCCAUCUCAGAAUGCAAACAGCAACAACAAUAACAGCGUCAGUCUGGCUCGUGUAAACGCUGGGAUCAGCAACGGGAGUAACGCCAGCAUUACUCGCUCCGUCAGUAACGGCGGCUGGUCAGUGAGCCAGCAGACGGUUAACGGUAACGCCACAGCGCUACAGCACGCCACUGACCCUCUCUGGUCAGCGUCACACAACCGUGUCGCUCGUCCAUUUUCUGCCUCUGAGCCCAGCUCACGAGUCCAGUCCCCAUCGCCCUCCCCAACCCCUGCUUCCUUUACCCGCCUCUGCUCCCCACCGCCUCAGCAUAACUACUCCUCCCCCAUGGCGAACAAGCCUCCCCACCCUCGGAGCACACGGCCAGGAGGUGCAGGCCCCCAUAACCCCUUAGGCCUCACUUUAGAGAUACCCAGGACCUCUGCAGCAGGUUUUGGGCAGCCUUCCUUAUAUCCAAGCCCCCGGAUCCUCUCGCCGCCUCCUAUUGGUGUGUCAGUGAAUGUUUGGACAAAUAAUGUUGCAGCACCUCAGCCCAGAAACCCUAAACACACCUCCUUUUCCUCCUCGUUCGGCACACAAACACUGGAGAACGCCUCUUUCCCCACUUCUUCUCUGCUGCGUGGUCCCAGAGCCUCCUCCCCCUCCAGUCCCUGUGCUCCUGCAGCCUCUCAAACCCUCCGUCGCUCUUUCUCCUCCAACCUGGCCGACAGAUCCCCGAGCCCGGCCCGGGGCAACCCCAGUGGCCAGCGCCGCUCCUGGGCAGACGGCAGCCGCAGGUCCCUUGGUUUUAGUGGUCAAGGCUCCUUUGACCAGCAUGAGUCGUGUCCGGCCAGUCCCCGGAGCGGCUGGUCCUCGUACGGCGGCUCCCCGUCCUGUCUCAGCCCUCGAGCCGGGCUGCAGUCCCCGCUCUCGCCCAGCAAGCUCACCCCAGGGAAGGGCACCAUUGGUGGGCAGCAUUUUACCAGCGUACCCUGGCCUGAUGUUCGAGAGCUUUCAAAUAAAUAUAAAGGACCAGAAAGCCUUGAUUCCACCAUCAUGGCCUCCUGUUCGUCUCCUCUACACCACCUCCUCUCCUCUCCCGCUCCGUCAGACACCAACUCAGAGUGGGGAGACCCGGAGUUGGAGGAGGGGAACUGUCGCAGCCAGCUGAUCUGCGCCUACGUUGCUCGUCCAUCCUGCGAACAGAGCCGCUCCUCCUGUAUGGUUCUCUCCGCCUCAGGCAUGACCUCCCCUCCUCCUCCUGCUCCCUACCAGUACCAAACCUACACAGCACCUCCUGCUCCCUCAGCUGGGUCCCCCUUUCCCUUGAGCUCAUCACCUCUACCUUUUACCCAUUCAUCCCCUGCCAAACAAGGGAACCAGAAGACCAGUUACGCCACCACGGUCAACCUUCAGAUUGCCGGAAGUGGCCGAAUAACCUCCUUCAGCACCGCCCAAGUCAGCCUGACCCAGACCCUGCAGGGUGGAGCUGCAGCAGGAGGCCAGGGACAUGGGCAGAUGGCGAGGAGAGUGAGCAUCAACGGACUGUCACACCUUCCUUCCCCUCUCCCUCAGAACUGA